CACCAGUACGCGACCUGGUUCGACGUGUGCUUAGUGACUCGCCGUUAAAGAAUUUACCCGCGAAUGUAGAUAUGCACGAUCGUAAACUCGCUGUGGGUAAAUUUGACUUUGUAAGAUCGGUUUUGGACGUUUUCGAUAAUUGAAAUAUAUUCAUUUUCGCUUCUGUGUUAGUGCUGUGUUCAGACUCAGGGUUGGUGUUCACGCGUAGGCCAACGAUAUCCUUAAAUAGAUCAACCUUACGAGGCUGCGAUAUGGCGGUGAAGUUCAAAAGAUUCACUCUCCAUUUGAGAACAUAUUUAAUGAUAGUUUGGGCGGUGAGCGGUGGAGCGGGAUACAAUUGCCCGUAUGGUCAGAACUGUGCGUUCGAGCCCGCUCCGCCAGGUCGUGCACCUGCAUGCGCACAGCCUGGCCUAACGUACUGCUUACAUCCAGAUCCGUACCCCGAUAAAGUAAUAAGAAAAUUGGUCGAAGCUGGCCAAUACGACAUCCGUACUCUAUUGUCUGACGAAAGUCGCGACGACUUUGAAUCGAAUAAAAAGACAAACUACCCGUACGGAUAUGGACCGAACUCGCUCCCACACGUGGACCAAAUCUCGCUCGUUGACGAUGACGCCUUUCACAAGGACUACAAUACAAAGUUCCACUCGAAAUUUAAUCACGAUGUUUAUUCCGACAAAGCACCUUUACAACCUCCUUCAUCAAACGACCCAACGCCAUACAAUAUAAAAGCAUACCAAGCUUCCAAUUAUUCCAAAUUCGGGUUCCAAGGGUACCACACGUCGCCGCCAUCGUACUGGAACCCUACCAUCAACCAGUAUGAUUAUGAUAAUAGACGUCUACGACAGAACAGUGACGUGCCUAACUUGAAUUCGUACAAUCCGAACUAUUUCAAUUCACCUUUGUAUCAAAAUUAUGAGGCAGAUUGGCUCAGAGCGUCGAGUGGAGUGUCGCAGUAUAAUCCAAAUGAAUGGUGGAAAUAUAUAGCACCGUCUCGUUCUGACUCUGACGUGACAAUACAAAGAUCCAUCACAUUUCCGACACGCACAACGACUCUCCGACACACGAGACGGAGACGCAAUGCUGAAUUGGUGGAGGCUGCAGCCAAGCGGACCCUAACAGGCGCUGAGGCUUUGAGGAUAGCUCUAGGAUUGGCGAACGAAGACGAAUCAGCCGAGAGGCCAAGGCGUCAAGCAGCAAAUACUGAGGAAUUGUGCCGCGUACGUACACAAUUUAUCAAUCCCCGCGCAGCCCUCAACAACAAAGGCAAUUGGCGGUAUGUCGUCAAUAUGCCAGACAAUAUGACACAACUUGUACGAGCUGAAAUUUGCACAUCAACAGAAUGCAGUGGAUUGUGUACGAUACCUAUUGGAUACAGUUCCCGAUGCGAGCAAAAGUAUAUUCAGAAGCGCUUGGUGGCACUUGAAUCGACUGGACAGAAUUUGUAUACUGAUGUUUUCUGGAUACCAAGUUGUUGCCAAUGUACAAUAAUAAAUAAUAAUUAACAUUAUAAUAAUUUUAAUAGAUCGUUUGUGAUUUAAUUUUAAGAAAUAAAACUUGUUCAUUUACUUUUAGUUCUGCUAUUCAAAUACAGAUGGCGCUUUAAGCUUCUCAAAUAGACAUUUAUAUUGUGUGAAUAAUAAUAUUUUGUUACAAUAAAUUUUAAAUAAAACUUAUUAAGAAUAUUUUUGUCAUAAAACUCUUAUCGUUUUUACAAUUAACUUUUAUCCACUUUGACUUACGCAAUGUCAUGACAUUAUUGUAAUAUUUUCAAUUGCGUAAAAAGCAUUCUGUAAUGGGGUCGUGUGUUUCUAUUAGGUGAGAUUGAAUUAGAUUAUCUUAGCAUCCUAAAGGCAGAGUAUUAUGAUUAUGUAUAAAAAUAAUAGAUAAAUAGAAAUAUUUAAUCAAGUAUUAUGUGAUUUUAUGCGACUUGUAAAUAGUAAGAAUGGAAGUUACACGAUGAUACCAUUUUAAUGAUUUAUAAAUGUAAAACGAUUUAAAUUUAAGGUUUGGUUCAAUCAUUGCACAAUGUUUUGUCAAAUAAUGUAUAAUGCUAAUUUAAAAUAUAUAAAUAUGCUUACUGUAUUGAUCUCUGCGAUGGAUUCCGGGGCUCGCUUUUUUAAUUAAUAAUAGGCUUGUAAUAAAUUCAUAUAAUAAUAAUAAUUGAUUUUGUACUUUCGAUACAUUUAUUUUGACAUAGUUGGCUUCUUACAAAUAAAAUUAAAGCCAUUAUAUCUAUUUUAUAACAAUUUAUAUGUAUUAUGUAUACGUAAUGUUCAUUUCAUAACACAAACUAAAAACAUAAAAAUGAAAUUUAAAACAGUUUAGUAGCAACUCAUAAAUGUCUGAGCCAAAUCCGCCUCUCUCGUUGAGGCAAACGAAUUCGAAGCGAAAUCUACCAAGUAACUCUACAACGAGUACAAAUAUCUACGUGAGUCAGAUAUGUUCCUAAUAUUUAUGUAGGUUUCCUCACAAUGUUUUCCUUCAAUUCUAAGCACAAAAUGAAUAUUAACAUUACUGUAUGAUUAAUAUAUAAAUUAAUGCAUACAUGGCUUUAAUUCCACAACAUGAGUGAUCUCUCGAUUUGGAGAGAAAUUCCCUUUUGCUAAAAUAUUAUAGUAAUAAAUUUUGUCCUUUUAUUUAUUAUAAAACUUUUGAUACAUAUAAUAACUACCUAAAAAUACCUACUACCCAGCUUUUUCCUGCAUUACAUAAACAUAUAUUAAUAUAUCUUUUAUUUGGACUAACAAAUUAUGUUGCGAUUAA